GGGGGUUUAGUUAGUGUCCGAUUGUUGGGAGCGAGAAAAGGAAAGACAGAAAGGGGUUUUUGUGAUUGAAUUGGGGAUUUAGGGAUUGUGUACAGUAGAGUAGAAUGAAUUUGAAGAUGGAUUCCGAUAGGGCGAAGCUGUUCGUAGGGGGCAUUUCUCGUGAAACCACCGAAGAUGUUCUCAAAUUCCACUUUGCCAAGUACGGUACCGUUUUGGACUCCACAAUAUCCGUAGACCACAGCACCCGAUGCCCUAGAGGUUUCGGCUUCGUCACCUUCUCUGACCUCUCCGCCGCCGAUAAAGCCCUGCACGACACGCAUGUCAUUCUCGGAAGAACGGUAGAAGUAAAGAAAGCAAUUCCAAGGAGUGAACAACAGCAACACCAAAACCAGUUACAUAAUAGAGGCGGAGGUAGCUAUAGUAGUAGUUGUGACUGUAGUAGUGACACCAACGUUAGGACUAAAAAGAUUUUUGUUGGGGGUUUACCUGCUGGUAUAUCUGAGGAGGAGUUUAAGCAAUACUUUGAGAGGUUUGGUCGGAUAACUGACGUUGUGGUGAUGCAGGACAGUGUUACUCACCGGCCAAGGGGAUUUGGGUUCAUCACCUUUGAUUCCGAGGAAUCGGUUCAAAGUGUUAUGGUGAAGAAUUUUCAUGACUUGAAUGGUAGACAGGUCGAGGUCAAGAGGGCCGUUCCUAAAGAGGGGAAUCAUGGUUAUGAUGGUUUUAGUAAAUUGAGAAGUAAGAGUGAAAGAGGAGUUCCUAAAAGUUUUCCUCCUUACAGUCCUAGGAAUAUGCUUCCGGGUCUUGCUCCUUUGCCGUGGUAUGGUAGUGAUGGAGUAUAUGCAUAUGGUUCUAAUGCUUACGGUUGUUGGUACCCUAUGGGUGGGUAUGGGGGGAACGGAUAUGCGAUUCCGUCUGAAGCUUCUAGGAACUUCUGGUACGGGCCAAUGAUGGCUGGUCCUCAGGCAUGUCAGGUGCCUUAUGCUAGUGCUAUUCCAAACUUAGCGUGGGGUAGGAUUGGAAUAGUAGGUAGUGGUCUAGGAUCUUGGGGGUAUGGUGGCAUUCUUGGGUCUGCAACAAAUUUGAAAUUUGAUCAACCUUUUAUUGGCAACGGAUUUUUUCCAGGCAACACGACAUUGCAUCAUGGUGUAAAGCAGAAUGUUGUGGACUCUUCGAGUUUGAAAGGGAGCAAUGGUGAAAUAUCUAGCUGACUGACUAAAAGGUUCCUUUGGCCUUAAUUCAUGUAGAUUGAGCUGAAUUAGGCCUUUGGAAACCCUGGACCGGCUGGGAAAGAAGCAGUAGCAGACCUCUUAACUGUUUUCGCCACUCGUUUACACAGCCGUGGACUGCAUUUUAUGUAAAUCUUUUCUAGGUCAUAAUCGAGAAAAGAAAAGUGAAAUGGGCACCUAAGAAUGUCCCGGUACAGGUCAAUUCUUUUAAAAUUUAAUAUAAUCUCUAUUUACUGUAGAAUUGCUAGUAGUAAUAACAUGACGACUGGUAUGUAUUUUGGUAAUGUGUCCAGUAGAAGUAACUGUUAUGCAUAUUCUACUUACAAUUGUAAGCUAUAAUAUUUAUUUUCCCUCAACAAUGCCUCUAUUGUACUCUAAAACUGUUAAAAUUGGUUAUUGAAGCUAGAUAAGGUGAGGUUUAUAUAGAACUUCGGCGUAAACAAAGCCUAUGAAUUUUGAUGUUCAAUUAGAUUGAACUCUUUUGAGUUAGAUUAGGUUGUUUAUGUUAUGAUAGGAUGGAAGUGGAGGAGAGAAUUUGCCAUCCUUUCAUGCAUUGUCCACAUGAUGUUUAUAUGCUAUUUAACUUUAAUGUAGUCUGCUCAAAUAGCUCUUGUUAGGAAAACUCACAAAGGACUUCUACAUAAGGUGACGAGAAAAGAAAAACAUAUGGAACAUAUGUGCUUCAUUAUAAUUUUAGGGUUUCGUUUAACGCAAGGAAGGAAAAUGUUGA